UCGUUGUGAAGGAUCAACAGUCCAAGAUGAACACAUUUUGCAGAAAUAUUUUCAGAUUGAGCGUGAGAAUGAACUCUACGGCGGCCCAAAGCAGCAAAAAACUUCAGGGAAAGGUGGCAAUUGUGACAGCUUCAACAGAUGGGAUAGGAUUGGCAAUCGCACGGCGGUUAGGACAAGAUGGGGCAAAGGUCAUGGUUAGCAGUCGAAAACAGCAGAAUGUGGAUGAGACUGUGCGUCAGUUGAAGGGGGAGGAGCUGGAAGUGGAGGGCAUUGUCUGCCAUGUUGGAAAAACAGAAGACCGCAGUAAACUGAUCAGUAAGACAUUGGAGAAGUUUGGAGGGAUUGACAUCUUGGUGUCCAAUGCAGCUGUUAAUCCAACGUUUGGGCCAAUGCUGGAGUGUUCAGAGGAAGUCUGGGAUAAGAUUUUUGAUGUUAAUGUGAAAGCAGCCUUUUUAUUAACAAAAGAAGUUUUUCCUCAUAUGGAGAAAAGAGGAGGUGGUUCUGUCAUCUUCAACUCAUCAAUCGGUGGAUAUGUCCCUUUCUCUUUACUGGGCCCAUAUUCCGUCAGUAAAACAGCCCUUAUCGGUCUCACCAAAGCACUGGUUCAUCAACUUGCAGCCUCAAAUAUCCGUGUCAACCUCAUAGCUCCGGGCAUCAUACAAACCAAAUUCUCUGAACAGCUACACUCGAAUGACAUGGUGAGCCAGAUUGCCUUGCAGAAUAUCCCCCUGGGAAGAUUCGGUAAGCCUGAAGAGUGCGCUGGUAUCGUGUCCUUCCUGGCCUCGGACGAUGCCUCCUACAUUACGGGAGAAGGUUUUAUCAUCGCGGGUGGGACUACCUCAAGACUCUGAGCCAAUCAGAUCCUGCUGAAAUGUGUGGGGGUAUGGUUGAGGGGUGUGGAUGGACACACCAUUCCUAUUUUAACCUGAAAUAGACAAAAUGUAAAGAAUUAAUCAGCUGUAUCGUGCCAUUGGUUGUAAUAAUAUGCAGGCUAGUGUAAUUUACAUACCUAUACUUGUAUAUAUAUAUGUAAUUUUCAGAUUUCAUUGCGUUGUAAUGUUAUAAAGGUAGGUAAUUGAUUUUUGAGUAAAUUUCCAGAGUGUAAACUUGAUGUCAUAUGCAAUGACAACAUCUGCAUCAUAUUCUGUCAUGAUAGCCUUUUGCAUAAUGACAUCAUCCAACGGUGUUUGCCAGGCCACCAGACCUUUACUGUAAAGGUCUAGGACAUUUCUUACUCUUAUCCCAUAGAUGGUAUGGAAAGUUUGGGGCCUACCAUGUAAAGUAAUUACUGUGAAGUACUUAAUUUUCGCGUGAAACUAAUUUUUGCGGAUUUCACGGUCAAUAAUUUACCGCAAAAAAUGAUUCCAGCCAAAAAAAUAUCCAAUAUUAAUUCAUAUACUACAGGUAGUAGUAAUAAUGAAGGGAAAUCUUUGCCAGGCUGACGCGAGUUCCAAUGUGAAAUCCUGAUGGGCCAGCUAAAUUAGUUGCGUGUCUCCUGUGGUCCAAUGAGUGAGCAUCUAACAAACUGUAAAGUGUGUACAACAACACAAUGGCAGUUUGACAGCUACAGCAAUGUUUGUGGUUUCUUACCUGAUACAGAGGAUUAUAAAAACUGAAAAAAUGCAAAACUUACCCUGAUGCUUGAUAAAGAAUGAGUGACUGGCGCCGAUAAUGGUGAAUUCAUAUGUUUUGCGUUGAAAUGCUCAAGAGGUGACAGGUCACUUUGCCAGGUGUUUAAAAAUGCUCAUCAGUGAUUCGAGAAGAAGUGAUACCUGUUUGCGUACUGCUCACGCUAGGUGCGAAAGUAAUCUUACGUUGUGAUAAUCCAGCCCCCCAUUGUUUUUAAUCUCUGACCCAGAUCAUGAGGAUUAGCGACACCGCAGAAAACAAAGGAGGAUUAAAGCCAUCCAUGAUGAUACCCGUUUUACAUGCUUGAAUAAUUUCGGCUAUAUUAUAUCUUGGAAAAUUUAAAGAUUUUAAGAUGUGUUUUUCAGUAUUCUCUUAAAUAUGCGAAAAUUAAUUCCCGCGAACAUAUUUUUGGAGAAAAUUAGCGAAAAUAAAAUGGAGCGAAUAAUAAGUACUUUACCGUAUACAGUGAUCUAAGCUGGUAAGCUGGUUCCUGCUCAGUUUGUGAAAAUAACAGUGUAGUUAAUUCUUCACAUUGGAAGAAAUUUACAGAUAAUGAUAACCCUUUAGCUGCAGCACUUGCAAUGAACGAUAUAGUUCAUGAGUGAGCGGUUGUAGAAUCUGCCUUAUAAAGUGUGAUACCUACUAUGGUUCCAGCUGUGGUGUCCUGUGGAAUUUUACAAUUUUAACUGUUCGCUUUAAUAACAUAUGCACUUGGCUUUCAGAACUUGACAAUUGAAAAUGUUUACGUACAUUAAAUGCAUAAUGGAGUAUAGCGAGUACGACUUUCUUUACACAGUGCCUCCGUGGCCAAGUGAUUAGUAUGCUAGCGCAGAACAUUUACUCGGGAGCCUGACACUAGUGCAGUUGCUAUGGGUUCAAGUCCAGCUUCCUCUCCAGUCAUAUGUGAGAUUGUCUGCCAGCAAGUUGCGGAUAGUCAAGGCUUUCUCUUGGGCUCUCCCCAGUUUCAUUUCACCAUAAUGCUGGCUGCCAUGGUAUAGUAGUAAGUGAAAUAUUCUUGAGAAAGGCUUAAAACACUCAUCAGAUUUCCCACUGAUCCUUAAACUUCUUGAAGGUGCUGAAUUUGUUACGUUUCUUGAAAAGCUUUGAAGCUUUGCACUUCGACUGAAUGGUCAUAAAAAGUGAUGGAAGAUAUGGAUCCUUGAAAUCCUUGGAUUUUGUUGAUGUUUUCGGGUUUUGAAAAAAUUUAUUAAAAGUGCUUAUUUUUUUUCCUUUUGUUCACAUUUUAGGUGUCAUAUAACAUUAUGUUUGAAAUAAAAAAAAAUAUCAAAUAAUCCAUGCAUGAAGUUUGCACUUUAACUAAAUGGCCUUCAAAAGUACUUUAAUGUUGUUCUUUGAACUGUUUGAAUUUUGUUAAAAUGUUUCUUGAAAGAGCAUGAAGAAAGUGUUUAUUUUGAGAUGUCCUUGAAAUUGUUUUUAUAGUUGUUCAAUGUUGGUCCAUGAAAGUUGGUGAAAAACACUUUCUUUCACUGAUGGGAACUCGUGUGACUUGUUCUGGAAAAUACAGGUAACACAUAGCCUAGCCAGGUUUACAAACCUGAACCACCUCAGGAAUGAUCCACUCGACCAGUGUCACUAUACCAUACCAUGCAUUUGAUAAUAGUUUAUCUGAGAUUGGAUUCAAACCAGAUUGAAAUAAUAAAGAUUGAAAUAAACAUCUGAGUAUGUUAUAUGAACAGAUUUUGUAUUUAGAUACUUGUAUUCAGUUUUUGCUUACAAUAACUAGCGUGGAUUACAAACGUGUGUUGAAGAGGUUUUUGAUUACACAUUUGUUGUAUAAUAUUGUUAGUUAGAAGAGGUUUUUGAUUACACAUUUGUAGUAUAAUAUUGUUACUUAAGAGGUUUUUGAUUACACAUUUGUAGUAUAAUAUUGUUAGUUAGAAGAGGUUUUUGAUUACACAUUUGUAGUAUAAUACUGUUACUUACACACAUUUAUAGUAUAAUGUUUUUAGUUAUGGCAUUAUGCAUCAUGUAUUGUAUUUCACCUAAAGUUUUGCCUGAAAAAUUUGAUGUCAGAAGCACAGAGGUUUUAAAAUGAUACCUUUGAUGCCAACACUUAAGUUUGUCAGGUGCAGCAUUCAUCAAACUUAAAGUGUCCAUAUAACAUGGAUGAAAUUAGUCAAAAUCAUGCAAAGCAUGUGACUUGCAAAAAGUUAAAUUUUAGGUGGCGUGCAGUAUUUAUUACAGUCUGCAUUUGGAAUCUAAACUACAAUUAUGAUUACAUAUACUGCACUGAGAGAAGAAUUUCUAGGAAAAUAGUUCAGAUAUGGCACAGAUCCUGGAUGUAUUUUACAUGGGCUUGUGUCAAGAACAUCUUGAUUACUUGUAUUACGUGUAGCACUAAGUUUACAAAUUUACCAUCAUAUUUACCACCAGAGCUGUAUUAAGAUGAGAUUAAUAUGAUGAUGAAUAUUAAAAACACAAUUUCUUAAAAUAAGAA